AUGCUGAAGAAAAGCAUCAGUGGACGAACCCGAAUCCCCCCUAAGGAAAGAGCCAAGGUUGGAGAAGGAGAGCAUCCGUGUCGUUGCAGUAUUGAACCCAAUUGUGACCGAACGUUCGCUCAAAAAGGCGGUGCCAUUACUCAUGCUGUGAAACGCACAAUUACAUUGACCCAGAGGCUCCUGUGCGCGCGCCGUGGCGUCCAGACAGCGCGAAGAGAGGAGAAGGAGAGCAUCUCUGUCCAUGCAGAGAGCAAGACAGUUGCAACAAAACUUUCAGCACUAAAUAUGCUGCGAUCAACCAUGCUAAACGAGAGCAUGAAUACUCUGACGCAGAUGUGCCCGCGUCCCCACGACGGAAACAUGCGAAAGCAGGAUCAGGAAAAUUUCCUUGUCCGUGAAACGGACAUCUGCGACAAAACGUCCACCUUGGAAGCCGAAGCCAUUCAUCAUUCCAAAGAAGAGCAUGAGCACAUUCAGGAGUCUGAAAUUUCAUCAAUUGACAAAGCGGAUAUCCGAUAUUCCCUCAAUAAGGAUGGCCUUUUAGAGAUGCGUGACCAGCAAGACAAUUUGAUUACGCAUCCUGUACAAGAGCGUGGCGACGAACCCAUCUAUCGGAAUGGUAAAGAAGCGACCGUCCCAUGCCCCCUCGCCGAGGAAGAGGAAUGCAUCGAGAAGUUCGUCUCACAAGAAGGCGCAGAUAGGCAUACCAGAAAAAAGCACGGUUUCAGUUCCUGGGAUAUAUGGGAGAGGACCGUGCCAUGCCUCUUCGCUGAGCAGACAAACUGCAGACAAAUGUUCGAAACGGAAGACUACGCACUUGGCCAUGCAUUUAGAAAGCACAAAAUGUGA